ACUACCCGGGGUUAAAGAGCCCACCCCAAGGAAAUUAUGAAUUUAACGUAGCUCGCAAACGUUAGAUGAUAAUAACGUCAAUGUGCCUUUAUAUUUAAUAGCAAACCGUUCGUUAAAAGUAUGCGAAAUUGCUGCGUUUAUUUGCAUGGCAGGCUCUUGUCAAGUCUUGAAAUGUCGGAUUUGUAUUGAUCUUGAAUCAGGAGCAAUACACUGUCUAGCUAGCCAGGCAGCUUAGUUAGCUUGCUGACUUUUACACGCAAGUAAAAUAUAAAUAGCUAACUUCGUUUCAUAGCUGAACCAGUUGCUUAUUUGGUGUGUUUCCAAUAUAUGCAUAAGAAACGGUGCGAUAUUUUUUGUCAACAAGACGUUCUGAUGAUAAGCUUGUUGGUCGUUCGAUAGCUAGCCAUCUAGCUAACUUCUAGCUAGCUAAAAUUACCUGUAUUUCUGAAUAUAGAUAAGCAUGUCCAUUUCAGACAGGAUGGUGACAACGUGGCUGUUGUUUACACUGUCGCUGGUUCUCUCGCGAGGCAUAACAGCUGACGUUGAGGAAAUGAAUGGUGAAGCAGAUUCCAAGUCCUUUGAAGACGAGAAGGCAGAAGAUAAGGUGCCAGUGGGCACGAGGGACGUGGUUGGACAGGUGACACUCCACAAGGAGGAGGGGGUAGGGGAUGGACCGACUGUUGGGGAGACGGAGAGUGAGAUGGGCGGGAUCAAGGAGGAGGACCUGCCGUCGCAGCCCACCCCAAAACAAGAAAAGCCUAAAGAGGUUCCUUUUGCGAUUGGGGGCACUGCUGCUGGGGAGCCUUGCCUGUUCCCCUUCCUCUUCCUGGGGAAGGAGUACUCGGACUGCACCACGGAGGGCCGGGGAGACGGCAGGCUAUGGUGUGCCACGACAUUCGACUACGACCGCGACAAGAAAUGGGGAUUCUGCGAAACGGAGGAACAGGCGGAGGAGAGACACCGGGCAGAGGAGGCUGAAGAGCUCUAUCAGAAGGCUGUCAGGAUAAUCAACAACACUGGCAAGAAGAGCCAGAAGAAGGAGGGCUACAAGCUGCUGUCGAAGGUGGCUGACAUGGGCCACACAAAAGCCAUGGAGAAGGUUGCAUACGCCCUGCUGUUCGGAGACUACAUGACCCAGAACCUACCGCAAGCCAAGGAGCUUUUUGAGAAGCUGGUGUUGGAGGGGUCUCCCAAAGCACAAACGGCAUUGGGCUUCCUUUACGCUGCCGGCCUAGGGGUGAAUUCCAGUCAAGCAAAGGCUUUGGUGUACUACACCUUUGGAGCGCUGGGAGGAAACCUUGUGGCACAUAUGAUUCUGGGGUAUAGAUAUUGGGGUGGCGUUGGUGUGCCUCAGAGCUGUGAGUCUGCUCUGACCCAUUAUCGACUGGUGGCCGAACACGUGGCCAAUGACGUGUCCCUCAUGGGGGGCAGUGCGGUGCAGAGGAUCAGGCUGCUGGACGAGGUGGAGAAUCCCGGCUCAGGCAGCGGGAUGCUAGAGGAGGACCUGAUCCAGUACUACCAGUUCCUGGCCGAGAAGGGGGAUGUGCAGGCGCAGGUUGGACUGGGUCAGUUGCACCUGCACGGCGGGCGGGGUGUGGAGCAGAAUCACGAGAGAGCCUACGACUACUUCAACCAAGCGGCGAAUGCGGGGAACACGCAUGCUAUGGCCUUUCUGGGAAAGAUGUACUCUGAGGGCAGUGAGUCCGUGCCGCAGAAUAACGAGACUGCUCUGCAGUACUUCAAGAAAGCCGCUGACUUGGGCAAUCCGGUGGGCCAGAGCGGUCUGGGUAUGGCCUAUCUGUAUGGGAGGGGUGUGGCUGUGAACCACGAGCAGGCGCUGAAGUACUUCCAGAAGGCGGCGGAGCAGGGCUGGGUGGACGGGCAGCUCCAGCUGGGCACCAUGUACUACAGCGGUAUGGGCGUGAAGCGGGACUACAAGCUGGCCCUGAAGUACUUCAAUCUGGCGUCGCAGGCCGGACACAUCCUGGCGUACUACAACCUGGCCCUGAUGCACGCUACGGGAACGGGGGUGUUGCGCUCCUGCCCCACCGCUGUGGAGCUGUUUAAGAACGUGUGCGAGCGGGGACGGUGGUCAGAGAGGCUCAUGACCGCGUACGGCAGCUUUAAGGAGGGCGACUCCAACUCCGCCGUGGUUCAGUACCUGCUGCUGGCCGAGCAGGGCUACGAGGCGGCUCAGAGCAACGUCGCCUUCAUCCUGGACCAGACAGAAGAGGCACACAUCUUCGGGGAGAACGAGACGUACCCUCGCGCUCUGCUCCAUUGGACGCGUGCGGCAGCCCAAGGGUACAUGGUGGCCAGGAUCAAGCUGGGGGACUACCACUUCUACGGCUACGGCACGGACGUGGACUAUGAGACGGCAGUGAUCCACUACAGGCUGGCCUCAGAACAGCAGCACAGCGCUCAGGCCAUGUUCAACCUGGGCUACAUGCACGAGAAGGGCCUGGGCAUCAAACAGGACAUCCACCUGGCGAAGCGCUUCUACGACAUGGCGGCCGAGGCCAGCCCCGACGCCCAGGUGCCCGUGUUCCUGGCCCUGUGCAAGCUGGGCCUGAUGUACUCUCUCCAGUACUUGCACGACCUCAACGUGUCGGACCUCCUGACGCAGGUGGACCUGGACCAGCUUCUUGGUCCGGAGUGGGAUCUGUACCUCAUGACGGUCAUCGCCCUGCUCCUGGGCACGGUCAUCGCUUACCGCCAGCGGCAGCACCAGGCCGUCUUCCGCCCGGCGCCCCCCCAGAGGGCCCCAGCCGAGCAGGGGGAGCCCCAGCCAGAGGGCCAGUGACCGGGGGGGGAGUCCCACCUCUGUAACAGCCCCCUGAGCCAUGCUUUUAAGUGCGCACGGACACACACACACACACACACACACACACACACACACGUACACGUACACGUACACGUACACAUACACACACUUCCCUGUGCAAUGGUAAGGCCUUGUUUUUUUUGGUCAGGGUCCCAUUGGGCCAAAUAAGACCAAAUUGCUACCAUGUCUGUCGAUUUGAUGUAGGGGUCUGGAAGGGGGGGGGAAACAGGAGUCUUAACACAUCCUGGUCAUACUCCACACACCAAUCCACUUACUAUCACAGAUAAUAUGAGAGCAGCCCACCGCAGUGUACACUUCUUUGUCGCAUCAGCUACGCUAAGCCACAAUGGGUGGGAGAUUGGCUACGUUUCACCGUGGGCCGUACGCCGGGAAUGUGAUUUGCUGUACCCCGAGCGGGCGAAAACAUGUCGUCUUAGCGUUUUUUCAUCAACGGACAUUUUGCGUGACUUCUCCGCGUCUCACUCGCAAGAAGCUUGAAUCUGUUCUCACUACGGGCUCUGCCGCGUUGACCUUUCACCCCUAACUGACUCCGGCCGUUUGUCGUUUCGGGAACGACGCGCCAACAUGACAUUAAGAAGGCCUUUAAAGAUAAACGCGGAGAAGCCAUUUCGAAAUAUUUAUGUCUUCGGCUAAAUAGGCAACUUUCACACGCUUUCCUGUUCCAGAGCAAACUCGACAUGAUGUCCGCAACUAAGAAGAUACCAGCCCCAUCUCUGGAGAUAUUCUGUAACGCUGUGCUUCAGGACUACUGUGUGGUCUGCUUGUUACUGUAUGUAGAUCCCUCCUCAAGGUCUUGUUGCCAUGAUCUCAAAAUCAGCUGUUUUUCUUCUUUUACAUUUUUUCCUUUUUAUACAGCUGGACUGCGCUAUUCUGAUGGACUGUAGAUCAAGGAUACAGCAACGGCACCCCACACAAAACUUUCUGUGCUUUGCCAUGGGGGAGCCUUGCUUAUGCUGCUGGGGAAUUUCAGGCCACAGCUGGUCGCACGUGUUUAAAUGGCAAUGCGUUCAUUCUAGGUGUAUAAAUGUGUAUAGAUACAAUUGUCUAUAGGAUGUAAAGAAUGCAGUGAUUUUCAUUAAGUGUUUCUCAAAAUAAGUAAUUAUUGUCGUAAUUAUCUCCUUUUACGUAUUCUACCUUGACAGUUGCUUUUACUCUUCAUUGAAACACUGGUGAAAACCCCAAAUUCCAUUUUUACAUUGUUUAGGUUCAUACAGAAAUGUAAUAAAAAUGAUUAAAGCAAUUGAUCUGCAUGCAAGAGAGCUGGCUCACCUUCAUGACUUGGAGAAAAAAAAUGGUCCAAAAAUAAGGCCAGGAUGUUAUAGAUUCAUUCCGAUGAAUCAAAUAGUAACAACAUUAAUUUGAUUCAUUUUUUGAUUAUAAUAAUUCAUAGUAAAUGUAAUGUUUCAGAUUCUUUUUCAGGACAGAAUGCUGAUUACAUAAACACAAAGUAAAAUACA